AUGGAGGACUCACAGGCAGCGAUGAAACGCCGCAUGGCAUCCCUCCCCGUCAUCAAAAAACAGGACCUAGGAGGAGGGAAGCGCAGCCCGGCGGUUGCUGGCGGGGCUGGGGGUGGGGUGCGGAAAGUUGCGCCGGCUUUUGCCCCGUUACCGACGGCAUCGGAUAUACCCAUGAACACCAAGGUUUAUAAUAUCAUCAAUGCCUUACGGGAAAAAGACGCUCCGGCAAGCGAGGCCGAGAUCUUCCGCUUGACCGCGAUUAAUGUGGCGGGGUCGGCGGAACUGAGGGAGUUGUUGAAGAAUAAUCCGAAGAUUACGUAUCAUGAUCAUGAUGGGACGUAUCAGUAUAAGCCAAAAUACAACCUCCGCAGCAAAGAAGACCUCCUCUCGCUCCUCUACACCACCCGCGACUCCGGCGGCACCGAACUCAAGGAGCUCACCGACUCCUGGCCGGGCCUCCUCGCCGCCGUCCACGACCUCUCCGCCUCGGGCGACAUCCUCGUCCUCACCACAAAAGACGCCAAACCCCGCAUCCUCUUCCACAACGCCAAAGAAUACAACCUAACCGUCUCCGACGAGUUCAAGGAGUACUGGCAUAAGGUGCCGAUGCCGAAGGAGGCGGAUCUGGCGAGGGAGUUGGAGAAGGCCGGGUUGAAAAGUAUGGAGGUUUAUAGUAUGCAGAAGGGGGAUGCGGGGUUGAAGAUGAGGAAGAGGAGGGUUAACAAGAGGGUUAGGAUGACGAAUACGCAUUUGGAGGGGUUGGAUCUCACGACCGCCUGA